GCGCUAAGAUUUGGGGAGAAGUUGACCAAACACAACAACCAAAAAGGUCUAACCUGCUCAACUGCCCUGGCACGACAACAGGGCACCCAAUUCAACAAGUUUCGACCUGCCAAGAACAGGAUCGUCACUAGUACAAAUCAUAAUAGCCACAAAACCACUUUCGAUGUGAAGACACGCUCCCACCAGUCGUCAGUCGAAAUCGAAGCCAGAGACAAUGGUGGCAGCUUAUCAUCACGUGGCCACGCGCUGCCUUGCCCUGCCCCUGGCCUUCAUGGCGGCCGGGGUCCUGGCGUGGCAGUGCGCGGCGCAGUCCGGCCCGGGCUGCAUGCCGGAGCUCGUCAGCCUGAACCCGUGCAUGGACUACAUGUCCGGCAACGAGACAGCGCCAGACGGGCCGUGCUGCUCGGCCGUGUCGGGCAUGCUGCGCUCCAGCCCGGGCUGCCUCUGCAUGGUGGUCGGCGGCACGGCCGCGUCGCUCGGCGUCGCCGUCGACGCCGACCGCGCGCUCCGGCUGCCCGCGGCGUGCAAGGUCCAGGCCCCGCCUGCCAGCCAGUGCAACGCCGUGGGAGUUCCAGUGCCGUCUCCGGCGGCGGGGACGGCGUCGCCCGGGGAUCCGGCGGCGGCGACGCCGUCGGACGCCAACGUCACGCCUGCAGGGUCUGGAUCGAAGGCUACACCGGCGUCCACCCUUCCAUACUCUGACGGAAACGAUAGCAAACCAGGAACGUUCUUCGUCUUCGCCGUCGUUGCACUGGCGCUGCUCCAUCGUUUCUAAGAUGCGACAGCUUCUUGUGUUUAUCAUGGACGGUCAACUUGUACAGUUGGGGAUGUUUGCCUUGCCCAGAGGGACAGAACACUGUCUGUGUUGAUGUGCACUUGGGCAUUUUCAGUUAGCGAUCACUCUAGCUUUUUGUUCACACGUUAAAGCUCGAUGGAGGACGUGAUUUGUAGUGUCUCAGGAAUGAUGUCAUGGUUAUGAUGUGUUUGGCGGCUAAUCGAACAGGUCAAUCGGAUUUACGUAUUUCCGAGAA